ACAGAACGAAGCGCGGCGCGGUGCGAAUGUCGAGAUGAAAAGUAGCAUGGAGUUUGAGGAACGCUCGGUAAAUGGACUGAAGUAAUAAAAUAGAAAUGAGUGGAACUGAAACGUAGUGUGUGUUCCGUCAAGAAAGUGUACAGUGUUUAAACUGAUGUGUGUGCAGUGAUUUUUUAAAUAUAUAUCGUUAAAAUCAACAUGUGGCGAAGCCUGGAUUAUUGUGUGUUUACUAUCGUUAUAUUAGUGUUUUUUUUAAGGAUUCAUUCGGUAACAGGCUUCGUGUCGUGCUCGCCCAACCCCUGCAAGAAUGGCGGCGCCUGCGUGGUGUCCAGAGGGGAGUCGUCGUGCAACUGCACGGCCAAGUACGUGGGCGAGUACUGCCAGCACCUGAACCCGUGCCACACGGGGCCCGGCCCGCGCUGCCAGAACGGCGGGUCCUGCCACGUGCGAGCAUCGGCCACCUCCAGCCCCACCUUCUGGUGCACCUGCCCCAUCGGCUACUCGGCGUCGCUGUGCGAGAUCCCCGUCGCCAACUCGUGCGACUCGGACCCCUGUCUCAACGGCGGCACGUGCGCGCUCAUCAGCCUCGACAAGUACACCUGCACCUGCGCGCCGGGCUUCACAGGCCAUCACUGUGAGCUGCAGGACCACUGCGCCUCCAACCCGUGCCGCAAUGGCGCCGAGUGCACCUCCACCGGAGACAGCUACAAGUGCAAGUGCGCCCCUGGCUUCAUCGGCCCCACCUGCUCCGAAGACAUCGUGGAGUGCCACAGCGCCCCGUGCGUGCACGGCAAGUGCUUCAACACGCACGGCUCCUACAAGUGCAUCUGCAGCCCCGGCUACACGGGCCAGAACUGCGAGCAGAAGUACAUCCCGUGCGAGCCGUCGCCCUGCCUCAACGACGGGCUGUGUCGCCAGGUGGACAGCCUCAGCUACGAGUGCCAGUGCCGCACAGGGUUCCGGGGCAAGAACUGCGAGGAGAACGUGGACGACUGCCCCGGCAACACGUGCUGGAACGGCGCCACGUGCGUGGACGACGUGAACCGCUACUCGUGCGUGUGCCCGCCCACGUACACGGGCGAGCUGUGCGAGCACGACGUGGACGAGUGCGCGCUGCGGCCCUCCGUGUGCCAGAACGGCGCCACCUGCACCAACUCCGUGGGCGGCUUCUCCUGCAUCUGCGUCAACGGCUGGACGGGACCCGACUGCUCCGUCAACAUCGACGACUGCGCCGGCGCGGCCUGCUUCAACGGCGCCACCUGCAUCGACCGCGUGGGCAGCUUCUACUGCCGCUGCACGCCGGGCAAGACAGGCCUGCUGUGCCACCUGGACGACGCCUGCACGUCCAACCCGUGCCACGCGGAUGCCAUUUGUGACACGAGCCCCAUCAACGGCUCCUACACUUGCUCCUGCGCCAGCGGCUACAAGGGCGUCGACUGCAGCGAGGACAUCGACGAGUGCGAGCAAGGGUCUCCGUGCGAGCACGACGGCAUCUGCGUCAACACCCCCGGCUCCUUCGCCUGUAACUGCACGCAGGGCUUCACCGGACCACGCUGCGAGACCAACGUGAAUGAGUGCGAGUCGCAACCCUGCCAGAACGACGGCUCCUGCCUCGACGACCCGGGCAUCUUCCGCUGCGUCUGCAUGCCAGGUUUCGCGGGCAAGCAGUGCGAGAUAGACAUCGACGAGUGCCACUCGAACCCGUGCCAGAACGGCGGCAUCUGCCACGACCUCAUCAACACGUUCCGCUGCACCUGCGCCAUCGGCUUCACGGGCAGCCGCUGCCAGGUCAACAUCGACGACUGCGUCAGCAGCCCGUGCCAGAACGGCGGCAUCUGCCACGACUCCAUCGCGGGGUACAGCUGCCAGUGCCCGCCCGGGUUCACAGGCACGAACUGCGAGACCAACAUCAACGACUGCCAGAGCUCGCCGUGCCACCACGGGGAGUGUGUGGACGGGGAGAACUCCUUCACCUGCAACUGCCACCGCGGCUUCACGGGCUACCUGUGCCAGACACAGAUCAACGAGUGCGAGAGCAACCCCUGCCAGUACGGGGGCCACUGCGAGGACCUCAUCGACGGCUACCAGUGCCGCUGCCGGGCCGGCACCUCCGGCCCCAACUGCGAGAUCAACGUCAACGAGUGCUACAGCAACCCCUGUCGCAACGGCGCCACCUGCGAGGACGGCAUCAACAGGUACUCAUGCAAGUGCGUGCCGGGCUUCACGGGCCAGCACUGCGAGACCAACGUGAAUGAGUGUGCAAGCAGUCCGUGCGCCAAUGGUGGUGUGUGCAUGGACCUGGUGAAUGGCUUCCGCUGCGAGUGCCCGCGCGGCUACUACGACGCGCGCUGCCUCAGCGACGUGGACGAGUGCGCCAGCAACCCUUGCGUCAAUGGUGGCACCUGCGAGGACGGCGUCAACCAGUUCAUUUGCCACUGCCUGCCGGGAUAUGGCGGCAAGCGCUGCGAGGCAAACGUGGACGAGUGUGGCUCGAACCCGUGCCAGCACGGGGGCAUCUGUCAUGACCACCUCAACUCGUACUCGUGCCAGUGCCUGGCUGGUUACUCUGGCACCAACUGCGAGACCAACGUGGAUGACUGCCUGUCCAACCCGUGCCGGAACGGCGGCUCGUGCAUCGACCAGGUGAACGACUACAAGUGCGUGUGCGAGCUGCCGCACACCGGCCGUGACUGCCAGGACAAGCUGGACCCCUGCACGCCCAACAGGUGCCAGCACGGGGCCCGCUGCUCCCCCUCCAGUAACUUCAUGGACUUCGCGUGCACGUGCGGGCUGGGCUACACGGGCCGGCUGUGCGACGAGGACGUGGACGAGUGCGUGGUGUCGUCGCCGUGCCGCAACGGCGCCACGUGCCGCAACACCAACGGAUCCUACCAGUGCGUCUGCGCCAAGGGCUACGAGGGCCGGGACUGCGUCAUCAACACCGACGACUGCGCCUCCUUCCCGUGCCAGAACGGAGGCACCUGCCUGGACGGCAUCGGCGACUACACGUGCCUGUGCGUGGACGGCUUCGGGGGCAAGCAUUGCGAGGUGGACGUGGACGAGUGCGAGUCGGGCCCGUGCCAGAACGGCGCCACCUGCAACCAGUACGUCAACUCAUACACCUGCACCUGUCCGCUCGGCUUCUCGGGCAGCAACUGCCAGACCAACGACGACGACUGCACCGACAGCAGCUGCAUGAACGGCGGCAAGUGCGUGGACGGCAUCAACAACUACACCUGCAUCUGCCAGCCGGGAUACACGGGCUCGAACUGCCAGUACCGCAUCAACGAGUGUGACAGCCAGCCGUGCGGGAACGGCGCCACCUGCAUGGACCAGAUCAAGUACUACACGUGCCACUGUCCGUACGGCUACACGGGCGAGCACUGCGAGUCGUACGUGGACUGGUGCAGCGCGACGCCGUGCAUGAACCAGGCCACCUGCAACCAGACGCGCAACAAGUACAGCUGCGUGUGCGCGCCGGGCUGGACUGGCCAGGUGUGCGACGUGGAGAUGGUGUCCUGCAAGGACGCAUCCAUACGCAAGGGGGUGACCAAGGACGAGCUGUGCAACAACGGCACGUGCGAGGACAUCGGCAACAGCCACCGCUGCCACUGCCAGGACGGCUACACUGGCUCCUACUGCCAGGAGGAGAUCAACGAGUGCGAGAGCGCGCCCUGCCAGAACGGGGCAACCUGCAAGGACCUGAUUGGCUCCUACCUGUGCCAUUGCACCAAGGGCUUCCAGGGCCAGAACUGCGAGCUGAACGUGGACGACUGUCGGCCCAACCCGUGCCAGAAUGGCGGCACUUGCCACGACCUCAUCAACAGCUUCAGCUGCUCCUGCCCGCCAGGCACGCUGGGCAUCAUCUGUGAGAUCAACGUGGACGACUGCCUGGCGGGGGCGUGCCACAACAACGGCACGUGCAUGGACCGCGUGGGCGGGUUCGAGUGCCGCUGCCCGCCGGGCUUCGUGGGGCGUCGCUGCGAGGGGGACAUCAACGAGUGCCUGUCCAACCCCUGCUCCAGCAUCGGCACCCAGGACUGCGUCCAGCUCGUCAACAACUACCACUGCAACUGCCGGCCGGGCUACAUGGGGCGCCACUGCGAGGUCAAGGUGAACUUCUGCGAGAGCUCGCCGUGCCUGAACGGAGGGGUGUGCACCGCGCUGGAGGCAGGCCACUCGUGCUCCUGCCGGGACGGCUUCUACGGCAAGAACUGCGAGUUCGCGGGCUACGACUGCGACUCUGAUCCCUGCCAGAACGGCGGGCUGUGCCGCAUCGCGGACGGCGGAGGCUACCUGUGCGAGUGCCUGGCCGGCACUGCGGGCACCCACUGCGAGAUAGACGUGCGCGACGAGUGCGCCAGCAACCCCUGCCGGCACGAGUCGGUGUGCCAGGACCGGCUCGGGGACUACGUGUGCUACUGCCCGCAGUCGUGGGGCGGCAAGAACUGCGACGUGUACGACCCGUCGCUCCGGUACGGCGUGGGCAAGCCCGUCGUGGGUCGCAACGACAGCCACUCGGUGCGCAGCCGGCAGUUCUUCGAGGCGGACCUGCAGCGGCAGCGGGAGAAGUGCGCGGCCAACGGCUGCAAGGAGAAGGCGGGCAACCGGCGCUGCGACGAGGAGUGCAACACGUACGCGUGCGACUUUGAUGGCUCGGACUGCUCGCUGGGCAUCAACCCGUGGAGCAAUUGCACGGCGCCCAUCAACUGCUGGGAGCAUUUCAUGGACAACCGCUGCGACCAAGUGUGCAACAACCCGCAGUGUCUGUUCGAUGGCCGUGACUGCGAGAAGAACCUCAACCCCUGCAACCCGAUCUACGACGCCUAUUGCCAGAAGCACUACGCCAACGGGCACUGCGACUACGGCUGCAACAACGAGGACUGCAACUGGGACGGCCUGGACUGCGAGAACGAGCAGCCGCGCCCGGCCGACGGGCUCAUGUCUGUCAUCGUUCUCAUGGACAUGCAGACCUUCCUGCAGAAGCUCGUCACCUUCCUGAGGGACCUCGGGCACCAGCUGCGCACCAACCUCAAGGUGAAGAAGGACGGCUCGGGCCGGGACAUGAUCUACACGUGGAAGGCCUCGGCGCUCAUGCAGAAGGAGGUGCCCGACAUGGUGAUCGGCCCCCAGGGGGACUCGGGCUCCUUCGGCCCGGCCUUCACGUCCACAGGCGUCAUAGUGUACCUGGAGCUGGACAACCGCAAGUGCUUCGUGCUGGAGACCGGCGAGUGCUUCUCGUCCGCCCACGAGGCGGCCGACUACCUGGCCGCGACGGCGGCCAAUCAUGCGCUGAGCACCUCGUUUCCCAUCUACCAAGUGAGGGGCGUGUCGAGCACGGGGCCGGACGACGAGAACAUCAGCGGCUCGACUAACGUGAAGUACGUCAUCAUCGGCCUGUUUCUGGUGCUGAUCGCUGGCACUGUCAUCGGCAUCGUCACCACGCACAAGAAGAGGGCGCAUGGCAUCACAUGGUUCCCCGAGGGGUUCAUGCGCAGCAACAGCGGCAGCCAGCGGCGACGCUCGCGGCGGCGGGGGCCCGACGGCCAGGAGAUGCGCAACCUCAACAAGCAGCCGUCGGUGGGCUGCAUCGACGUGGACAUGCCCCCCCACGGCGCCCGCUGGUCCGACGAGGAGCCCGACCUGCACCCGGCGCCCAAGCGGGCCAGGACGAGCGACCACCCCGCUGCCGACUACGAGGAGACGGAGCACCGCGCCUGGACGCAGCAGCACUUCGAGGCGGCGGACGUGCGGCCUCGACCGGACCCGGCCAUCCUCACGCCCCCCAGUCUGCAGGACGGCCUGCAGGACCCCGAUGCGCGCGGGCCCUGCGGCAUGACGCCCCUGAUGGUGGCCUCGGUGCGGGGCGGGGGCAUGGACACGGGCGAGGACGAGGAGGAGGACGGCACGGCGGCGGUGAUCGCCGACCUGGUGGCCCAGGGGGCGGAGCUCAACGCCACCAUGGACAAGACAGGCGAGACCUCGCUGCACCUGGCUGCACGCUACGCCCGCGCAGACGCCGCCAAGCGCCUGCUCGAUGCCGGGGCUGACGCCAACUCCCAGGACAACACCGGCCGCACCCCGCUGCACGCUGCCGUCGCCGCAGAUGCCAUGGGCGUCUUCCAGAUCCUGCUGAGGAACCGGGCCACGAACCUAAACGCGCGCAUGCACGACGGCACGACGCCGCUCAUCCUGGCGGCGCGGCUGGCCAUCGAGGGCAUGGUGGAGGACCUCAUCAAGGCGGACUCCGACAUCAACGCCGCAGACAACUCCGGCAAGACGGCACUGCACUGGGCCGCCGCCGUCAACAACGUGGACGCCGUCAGCAUCUUGCUGGCGCACGGGGCCAACCGCGACGCGCAGAACGACAAGGACGAGACACCACUGUUCCUGGCCGCGCGGGAAGGCAGCUACGAGGCGUGCAAGGCGCUGCUGGACAACUUUGCGAACCGCGAGAUCACGGACCACAUGGACCGGCUACCGCGGGACGUGGCCAGCGAGCGAGUCCACUACGAUAUCGUGAGGCUCUUGGACGAGCACGUGCCACGCAGCCCGCAGAUGGUGUCCGUCAUCCACAAUGGGCCUCUCGUGGGUUCGCCUAAUCAACACCACCAUCUAAUAACACAUCCUACUGUGAUUGGUGCUGGCUCAAAAUCUUCGAAGUCAAAGAAGCGACCCAAAGCCAAUGUAAACAACAACAAUAACAACAACAACAAUAACAACGGUCCUGGUGCGACCAACAACAACUCGCCGACGAGUCCCGACGGGGAAGCCGCCUCCGCUACGGUGCGGAGAAAGCCGAGCAUCAAAAAGAACGGCAGCGUGAAGAAGCCAUCGGUGCAGCAGCAGAUGGAAUCUGCGCACGGCGUCCAGAGUGUAGAGAGCGUGGCGUCCAGCCUCUCGCCCAUCAACUCUCUGGACACGCCUGAUGCGGGCGCCCCCAGCCCCUACAGCGGCUCCAUCUACAGCAACGGGGGCCUGACGCUUGCCCAGCUGCACCACUCGGCCAUGGGGGGCAAGCAGCCCCCCUCCUACGAGGACUGCAUCAAGAGCGCAGCCUCCUUGCAGAGCCUGCACAACGUGGGUCUGGACCAGUACAUCUACGCCACGGGGUUGCCGGGCUUCCACGACCAGCAGCCACAGCCCCCGCUGCACCAGCGGCAGGCGUCCCUCCCACUGACCGUGCCCCAGCACCCCAGCACCCUCUCCCCACCCUACAGCAACCAGCAGUCGCCGCCGCACAGCGUCAACUCCCUCUCCUCCAUGGGCUCGCCCUCUCCCGCCAAGUCCCGCCCCUCCCUGCCCACGUCGCCCACGCACAUAGCGGCCAUGCGCGCGGCCACCCAGCAGAAGCACGGCGGCAUGCCGCAGCCGGCCGUGGCCGUGGGCUUCGACUUCCUGGCCUUCCAGCAGCAGCACCUGCCUCCCCAGCAGCAGCAGCAGCUGCAGCAGCAGUACUACCACCUCCUCACGCCCCCCUCGCAGCACUCUCAGAACCCUGAGGCCACCCCUCAGCACUACCUGCAGACCCACGACAACUACCCCACCCCCUCCCCGGACUCCCCGGGCAACUGGUCCUCGUCGUCGCCCCAGUCGCACUCCGACUGGUCCGAGGGCAUCCACAGCCCCGCCUACGUGGCCGGCGCUCAGCACCAGAAGCAGGCCGACGCCAUCUACAUCUAGCCGUCGUGUUGCGGAACACCCGGGGGCUCGUGUGAUGGCAAUCAUCCCACCUUGUUUGCCCUGCAAGCACUCAAGCAAGUUCUCAAUCGCAUCACAAGAACCUGCAUGCUGGUAAUUCCCUCAUUUGGUCUUCUUAAGAAACAUAUUUGCAGUAGGCGUUACUUGAUGAAAACAUUUUUCGUUCUCAUGGCAAGAAACUGCGAAUGUAUGUGAUGUGAUGUGAUGUGAUGUUUUUACAUCGCAUCUGGGUAAAGUCUUUUUUUUUUGACUCUUUUUAAAAAAUGAAUUUAAUGGAGCUUUUUUUGUGGAUUGGCUUUUCAUUUGCUGUGUGAAAACCUGAGGGACUCAAUCAUGUACCAGCGAGUUUGACGAACAUUUCAGUAUCACUGUCCAGGCUUGCCAUUUAACCGACCGACGCUGUCGGCUUGACUUUCCGUUAAGUUCGGUAGAAACUGUUAUAUCUCCAGAAAUUGGGGACCAUGACUGUACAUUUAUUUUGUAAAAAAAAAGUCGUUACAAUGAACUUGUUUUUUUUAUAUAUGUGCGCAUGAAGUAUGCUUUUAUCUUUUGAGAAACUUUUGUUUGUAUUCAUGUACAAAGUAGGUUUAAUGUAUAGAAAAUAGAUUUUAUGUAAAGAUGUGUUAAGGCCGUUGAGGGUGAUUUUUGAUACUAGCAGAAUUUGCUUUGUCCUGUGAGGGAUGAGUUAUUAGUUCAGGUGCUGCUGCUCACGUUAUGGACGUUGGGAAGUGCCUUUAUCGACAGUGUUCAUCAGUGCCUUAAUCCUUGCCCAGAAGCACGGAAUCGUGCCUUUUAGAAGCAUUUUGAGCCAGUCACCAGCGUGGUGCGGGACUUCGCGUGUCUCGAAUCAAACAAGUGGAAGAAUUUUUUUAUGUAUAUUAUGUGCCUUAAAAAGUGCAGCGGCUGUUGAGCGAGUAAACAAGUUGACACAUAUGAUAUCUGCCAGAAAAAAUGAUUGGGAGUAUUCUCUUCGUAAAAUAACCAAAACAAUUGAAAAUUCGGGAACUUGUUUUAGUUCUGCCAUCAUGCAUGUACAUAUUACUUCUUUUUUGUACAGAGUUCUGUAGAAAAUUAUUAGUUGUAGUUCUGUAGGUGUCAUAUCACAUACAAGUUGCAGGCAGCCUGUACUUAUGUUGUUAUGGGCUGGUAUUUUACGUAUUUUUAGAGAUAAACGACAUACUUUUUCUAUUGUUAGUAUUGUUUUGUAAAAAAAAUAUCCUUAGUUAAUGAAGUAUUUGAAGUUUUCUUCUUUCUCUUGUUUGAUACAAAUGACAAUAAUGAACAUUCCAGAAUAAAUAAACAAAUUUUUUGUUGGGGUCAGAUAUGUCAUGUAUUUAAAUUUUAAUUUUUAAAUCUCCAGGCUCCACUUCUAUUACAUUCCAAUGGUGUUUUCUACCCUCUCCUUUCCCCUGCUUCUUAUUUUUUAUACUCAUCUUAAAAUUUCAGUUUCUUUUUCUGGAUCAUUCCUAUAAUUUCUUUGUUGAUUCUUGUUUAAUUGUGUAGGUUUUUUUAAAUUGUUGCUAAUUUUUUUUUAUUUUGUCACUAUUGUAUUAUGUUUGUUGUAUUCAUAGUCGCGAAUUUUUCUUGUGCUCUCUUGAUUCAUUAUGUGCUAAACUGGAAGAGAUCUGAUAAUAAUGUUGUGGAAUUUGUUUGAAACUCAUGAAGUAGUGAAGGUUUCCUGCUAUGAAAAUUAUUUUUAGUGUAAUGAAGUGUUAAAUGUCUAAGUCAAGUCUUUCAUUUAGGAUCAUAUUAAAAAAAAUAAAUAAAAAUUAGUACAAAAUAUUCAAUAUUUUGAAGCUCCUAGAUUGACUGAAAAAAAUUUCUAACUUUCUACGAUGUGCCUGUAAAUUUAUUUCAAGUGUGAGAGUUUUUCUGUAGCUUGUAUCAAGUUAAACAACUGACACAAAUUUAGGGCAACAGAGGACAUCAGCAAAAAAUAAAAAAAUGUUUAGUUCUGAAAAAAGUCUUUAGAAAUCUAGAAAAUGGAUAUUCUAAUGCUGUAAUUGAAAUUUUUUUUACCUGGUAAUUUUUUUUAUGGUUCCUAAAUGUUAUUUUGGGCAGUUAUAUCAUGAUGAAUAUUAUUUCAAUUAUUAUAAAUCAAUAAUUGACUAUUGCUUUUUGUAUAGGUAGUUUCUAAGUUUUGAGUAUGGUUGUUUUCAGAAUAGAACGUCCAUAUGAAACUAUCAAAAUGUGGAGAAUAUGCAGACACUUUGAUGAAUAGUUUUCAUGCAGCUGUUUCAAAAGCUAAUUGUGACUUUUAAGCAUUUCAGCUGUUUAUUAUUAAUAAAUCUUGUAUUUGUUUUUUGUAAAAGUUCAACCAGGUGCUUUUUGAAACUUAUAAAGAGGUAAGACAUCCAUUUUCUCCAGCACCAGAGAGAGAGUGUACUUUGGUAAUAUCUAUUUAAUUUUUGUCACAUGCAUUUCUUGACUGAUUAUUUUGUCAAAUAGAUAUUAGUUUGCCUCAGUUUGGUCAAAACAAUUUAAUGUUUGGAUCUAUCUGUUUUUUGAAUCACUAUAAAUGAAUAAUGCAUUAUUUAUUUCUAGUGAUUAAUUUACAAAUGGUAAAACAAAGUGUGUGACAUUUUACUGUGUAACAUAAGCAUUUUUGAAAGUUACAAAUAAAAUAAAUGCUACAAAAAUGUCAGUUAGUGUGAAUAAUGUUUUGUAGUUUUAUACAGGAGAACUGAAUACUGCAUACUAUUCUGUAGAGGAAAUUCAUGUUCGUUUAUCGGUGUAUUACAUCUUCUGGAAAAUAAAUGUGUUGUUCCAUGACGUAAUUCUUAUGUGCUCAAUACUCAUUGUGUAUUACGUUUUAAACGUGCAUUGGUCACAAGUAUGAACUAAGUAAAAAAUAAGUGGAUUCCAAGAGGUGACCAAGAUUUUAAUUUUAUUUCGUUGACUGUAUAUUGUUCCACAUUUAUAAAAACUUGUGUAUUUUAGAAGAGAAAAAUAAAUAAUGUAUUUUUAAGA